AUGAACACUGCUGAUAUGUUAUUGAUGGAUGAUUUCAUUGACUACCUUGAACACAACAUAAUUCAAACUGAAAAACAUUACAUCGCAAGAGAAACAAAUAAAUUAUUACUUGUGUCAACUCGAAUAACUCGUUGCAAAACAUUAUUAAAUGUUUGUCAACAAUCAAUGUUGCGUAAUCCGAUAGCGUUUAUUCAUUCCGAGGAAUUUCUAUCUGUACCUCCUGAAUAUGUCCGAGAAUUACUGGAGUUUGAUACUUUAGGUCUCGAUGAGGAAUCUAUUUUCGACGCUAUUAUUAAAUGGGGUGUUUAUAAUACUCGUGAUUUAGAUAUGGUGGAUGUAAUUGAUCAUGUAAAAAAUUGGUCGGUCGAUCAAUUUGAUGCUUUACGAUCAACAAUCAAAGAUUUUAUUCCGUUGAUUAGAUUUUUCAAAAUGGAUUCAUGCUAUUUUAAUGAAAAAUUUGGUCCUUACAAACUAUUACUUGAUGAUGAUUUAUAUAAUCAUAUAAUUCAAUAUCACAAAAAUCCAAAUUCUUUCCCUUUACAUAAAUUUUAUCCACUUAGAUUAAAUUCUACUUUAAUUUCGGAAUUUCAUAUAUCCGUUAUUUCUUCUUGGAUCGAAAUACCUGAGGAUCAACGUGAACAAUACUCUCCUCCUCCCAUUAUAGAGAUGAUUCAAGAUUAUAAUCUUAAUUCUUUACCUUUCGAAUUUGAUUUAAUAUUUCGAAGUCAGGGUAAAAGAAUUUCUGAUGGUUUAUGGUGUCAGAAAGUUCAUAAUCAAGGUCCUACUUUAACGAUUAUUAAAACUUCUAACCAAGGAUUAUUCGGUGGGUAUAAAUCAGCUAGUUGGAAAGAGAAAAAAAUAACAAAAGGAAAACAUAAUAAAAUAAAAAAAAUUGAAUGUGUGGAUGGUGGUGAUGGUUUUAUUUUUCAAUGGCUCGAUGAUCAUUCCUUUGAUGAUGAUAAAAUUAUUUGUCCAAAAUUACAAUGGAUAAACAAACAUCUUGAUUUCGAUAUGUUUUUAGGUGGUUCUAAAAUGAGUUUAGAUUUUAGAUAUGGAAAAGGUUUGAGCGUUUUUAAUCGUGAAUCUCGUCAUGAUAAAUGUGAAAAAGGUUUAAUGUAUACUAUUGAAGAGGUAGAAAUUUUUAGGGUUUUAAAGAGGAAUUCUUAA